CUCAAACAAACAAGUGUAUUCAAAAUUUCUGUGUUUUCUGUUAAAUUAAUAAUUGAAAUCUGCUGUGCAGAGUACAGCACCAAAACAAACAGGAAAUAAAAUGUGUUUGCACUUAUUAUUAACUAGGGUUUUUAAAACGAAUACGUCUUCAAAUGCAGUUAAUCUCUACAGUUAAUUUAAAUUAAUCUAAUUUUUGUUCGAUUUUUUUAAUUAAUCUAUUUUGCAUUUAAACAGUUUCUUAUUCAUGUUAUAUUGAUGCACUUUGUUAAACUUAGAUUAAUUAACUUCCUUUUUGGAUAUUUUGACUUGGACAAAAAGAGAAUCUGGGUAGAUUUAAGAGUAAGGCAUAAUCUUAUUCGUGAAAAAAGGCACUUGAAAUGGAUUGAAAAGAAAAUAUGGGAACGUAAAAUAUAAAAUGUUAGAUAACACAAGGUGCAGUUGACUUUUGAGUUAUCUACUGACUUGUCUGUGAGUCUUUGUUUAAUGAAAUGAAACAUCCAGGAGCAGUGGUGGACAUAGCAAGUGGUCAUGCACUUAAUAUAAUGAAUGCACUAAAUAUUGUAAUUAAUAAACUGAGACUAAUGCAUUAAUGCAGAUAGUAGGAGGAUAAAACAACAAAGAUAAUAAUUAAUUACUAAAGUAAAAGUGAAACUGGUUCAAGCGGCUGGAUAGGCCAUUGGUUUUCAUCGCUGACUUUUGGAGUUCAAAUUCCAGUCAAGGUAGAUAUAGAUAUCCACAGUGGUCCCUCUGGAUGGUGAUUUUCCCUAAUAAGUAGUUUAGCGAUAGUGCUGUUAACAGGAAGUACCACCCUGUGUCAGUGCCACCCAGGCGUCAGUGUUGAUUGGCUGGUAGUUGUUUGACAUCAAGCCAGUCAAGCCAGUUGAUGGCGGGACAUUAGGUGAGGCUGUUUAGAGUGGAAACAAAGCCAGAGAAGAAGACACACCUUGCACACCUUGUUGUGCUGCUUUACCUGCAGUGGAAUAGAACACCUUUUAAUAAAUUAGUUUGAGCAAUUAUCAGUAAACUCAAUUGCCAAAUAUUGACAUUGAUAAUUGGCCAUGCCAAUAUUCAGUCUACCCUUAAUAUAAAGGAAAUUCUUGAAAAUGCAGUUCAUGUUUAGUUUCAGGCAGUGUAUCGGGGUUAAUAAAUUAUGUUGUGUACUGUUGAAAAAGUAGGCUAUCUUUUUGAACUUGAUCAUGUUAUUUUUGUUUUGUAUGUAAAAAUAUGGUACACAAUCCCUGUAAUGGGGCUAAGAACAUAAAGAGGAAUCAAAUAGACAUUUUUUCAAGACUUAAAGUAGAAAGUAGAAAAGUUGUGGGGAGGUUGAGGUAGGCAAUUAAUUUUCAUGACUAGUAUCAAUAUUAUAAAUGACUAUGACAGCUUUCAAAUGAAGGCAAUGUAAAAAUAUCAAAAGCACACGGCUACUCUUAUUUUAGUUACUUAAACAUUCCAAUAAUAUCUAGUUCAUACCUUACAUGAGGUGGGACAACUUCUAACUUUAGCUUUCAGUGCUCACUCUGCAGACACAAUUAAGGAAACCAGACUCUUCCGUAUGUGUCAGGCGUGGGCAUCUGUCUCUAUUGGCUGCUGCUGUUAUCACUUUUUCAGCCCUUUUUCCUCCCAGUUAUAAAGUCUCAUGACACAAAUGCAUUUGGUUGAUUUGCUUUUGGAAACUGGAUGAGCUAAAACCCCCGAAGAAGAAAGAAUUUUCAAAACAGGAGGCACAAUGCAGUCUUAAGGGAGCUUUUAGUCAGAGAAUCAGACUUUUUCCACGGUUCUCCUGAUGCUGGCUCUGUCCAGAUGUUCGACAGCUCUCAGAUGGAGGCUAUGCCUGCCCUGCUCUGCCCUCUAUGUGGGGAGCUCUGCCACGGGGAGCCGGCCCUCCACCUCAGCCAGCUCCCUGUUUCUAAGAACCCAGACUGCAGCGUUUCACCAAAGUAAAGCCAAAGCCAGUCCUGACCCAAACAAGCCCACUUCAGUGUUGUCCCCGGGGUCCGGGCUGGAGUGGGAGUUCUUUGGGAUGGGAAUGUGGUCGUUGGGUCUGGGUGCUGUCGGAGCUGCAUUAGCUGGGAUCUUUCUGGCCAACACAGAUUUGUGUCUGUCGAAAGCUGCCAACGCAACGCUGGAGUACCUUGAGGAUGCUGACCUGCACUCCACAGUGGAGGAUGGCAAGGUCAUCAAAGCAAAGAGCCUGUGGGACAAGAAUGGGGCCGUGGUCAUGGCCGUACGGCGGCCUGGAUGAUUUUUGUGCAGAGAGGAGGCCUCUGAGCUGUCCUCUCUGAAGCCCCAGCUUGAAGAGCUCGGGGUCCCUCUGGUCGCUGUGGUGAAGGAGAACAUCGGCACAGAGAUCCAGGACUUCAGACCGCACUUCGCUGGGGACAUUUACAUAGAUGAAGAGAAACGCUUCUACGGCCCGCUGCAGAGGAAGAUGGGAGGGCUGGGCUUCAUCCGCCUCGGUGUGUGGCAGAAUUUCAUGAGGGCCUACAGGUCCGGAUACCAGGGCAACAUGAAUGGCGAGGGCUUCAUCUUGGGAGGAGUGUUUGUCAUUGGGGCAGGGGACCAGGGGAUUCUCCUUGAACAUCGUGAGAAGGAGUUUGGUGAUAAGGUGGAGAACGCGGCUGUUUUGGAGGCUGUAAAGAAAAUUGUGCCAGCAAAACAAAUUUAGUUUGUCCUAAAAGAAGUGGCAUUAGAAAAAGAGCACGUACACUGUAUUUAGAGCAUAACUAUAGUCAGAAAUAAUAGAAUUUUUAACGACACAUUAAGCUGCAGUAAAAGUCCAUCAUCACUGAAAUAAUUUAGACAUUAAUGCCUUUUAUCAUAAUACUGUCGUUUACAUGUUAAUUUAAAGAUUUGCUACAAAAGUCAAGCUGUGAAAUGAAGAACAGGCCAUUUUCAAGGUUUUUUCUCUUUACCUCUGCAGAAAACUUAAAGCUCAUGUGUCUAACAGUGUUCAUACAGCUAGUAAGGGACUAAAAAGCAGCUUUUCAGUCAGGUACAUUAAUAAUUUAAGAUCACUUGAAAUGUCCUUGAGAGCCUUGAUUCUCAACUGGAGGGUCGGGACACUAAAGCGGGUCGCAAAGUCAUUUUCAGUGGGUUUAUGCCUAGAACAAAAACAUGUUGCAAAAAGCCUAUGAUACGCUUUUAUUUUGAAAGAUAUGUCUUGUUGCUUUGUUCCCUCACUUUUGAAUCAACUCCAAACUGACCCUUUUUUAAAAUUAAUUUAAAAAUAUUUGGUUGCAAUUGAAAUUUUUUAAAAAUUUGGGUCAUGAUUUAACAUUGAGGAGGUGGUGGUGGGUCCUGUUCCUAGACCAGCUGAGAACCACUGCUUUACAGAACCACUUGAGCCAAUCUACAGGCUUGGUUACUCAAUAGGUGAAUUAUUCCUUUGAUUUAGACGGUAAUAUAUAUUUAUUAAGACUGUGUGUUAUUUCUGUCUGCCUUUCCUCUCGUCAUGCACCUCAAUCGACUUUCAACAUGGCUAACACGUGCGUGUUCUGUGUGUGUGAUAAUGACAACCUGACUCUAAACUCCACAGUGAGAGGAGGAGGUUUGAUGCUCAAACACUUACAGGACUCAGACACAGUCACCAUGUUGGUAGUGUUUGUGGCACCUGAUGCCGGGUGGGCUUUGACACAUUUGCGUGUCUGAGAUAAAUAGACUGUUUGUACCUGCACGUGUGAAAAACAGUGGCCGAAGAUAAAGUAAUAAAGCUCACCUCAUCACUUU